UGGACGGGAUCCAUUAAAUAAAAGAUACAUUUUCUUCAGGGAAUACAGACAUUUUCCCAAGGUUUGCUGCGUAGAUCAUUAUUCAAAAAGCUGCGCAGUCUUGAACAUAUUUGAGGCAAAAUAGCUUAGUAUGAAUUGAUCAGUUCGGUGAGAUAAAAAAUCGGGGGCUUUUUUUUUUUUUUUUUUAUAAAUCGGCCACCUGCCUCGCUUGACAACAAUAGCAAAAGCUAUUCCGAAAGGACAUUGACGAGGUUGGCUAUUACUGAUUGCACUCAUCUUUUCGGUCUGCGGAUUGUCUUCCUUGCCAAGCGUUUUCUGUAGCAACUGCGCCUUGCAGAACGAAUCGUUUGGAUCGACGCUUUGCUACAAGGGCUUCUGCUCAGCUCAAUUCGUUCCACGGCAGCGGCAGACUCAAACAUAGACAAAAAAAAAAUUAGAGAAACGGCUGAUUUGGCCUAGAGGCGACAAAUCAGACAAACAUUUGAGAAAAAGAUAGCGGUUCAUGUGCAGGCAUAUUCAACGCGCUGGCUGCAUCCAGAGUGUGUCAAAAGGAUGGGAUAUGUCAACAAAACCGUCAAAAGAUACACGUUCUUGUUUUGGAUUGCCUGUCUAGUGCUUCUUGUUGAGGGUAAGAGAGCGAAGCAACCCAGGUGCCCAUCAUCUUGUACGUGCACCAAAGAUAAUGCCCUGUGUGAAAACAUAAGGACGGUUCCUCGCAGCUUUCCUCCAGAUGUCGUCUCACUAUCUUUUGUGAAAUCUGGAUUCAACGAAAUUGCAGAAUCAAGCUUCUCUCACACACCAGCCCUCCAGCUUCUCCUGUUUACAGCCAAUACGUUUGAUUCUAUAAACGAUGACGCUUUCCUUGGCCUUCCCCAUCUGGAAUAUCUGUUUAUUGAGAACAACAAAAUCAAGUCCAUAUCGCCAUAUGCUUUCAGAGGGCUAAAGUCCCUGAUACACUUGAGCUUGGCCAACAAUAACCUACAGACACUGCCAAAAGAUGUUUUCAAGGGCAUGGAUGCUUUAACAAAAGUGGAUCUCAGGGGAAACAUCUUCACCUGUGACUGCAAACUGAAGUGGCUGGUGGAUUGGAUGUACAGCACUAAUGCCACUGUGGAUCAGAUUGACUGCAACGGGCCUCCACUGUACCAAGGGAAGAAGAUCAAUGACCUCGUUCCACAGUCAUUUGACUGCAUAACAACAGAAUUUGCAGCGUAUCAGUCACUAAAGUUUGAGUCCAUUUCAGUGGAGUCUUUUUCUUUUGGCAAUGAUCAGUAUAUGGUCUUUGCCCAGCCCUUUGUUGGAACCUGCAGCUUUCUGGAAUGGGAUCAUGUUGAAAUGGUCUUCCGAAAUUAUGACAACAUUGACAGCACAUCCACCGUCGUUUGCAAACCCUUGGUCAUUGACAACCAGCUGUUCAUUAUAGUCGCCCAGCUCUUUAGUGGCUCCCACAUCUACAAGCGAGACACGUCGGCAAAUAAGUUCAUCAAGAUCCAGGACAUCGACAUCCUGAAAAUACGCAAGCCCAAUGACGUGGAGAUCUUCCGCAUCGACGGAGAGUCCUUCUUCGUCAUCGCCGACAGCUCCAAGGCGGGCUCCACCACCGUGUACAAGUGGAACGGCAACGGCUUCUACUCGCACCAGUCCCUGCACCCGUGGUUCCGCGACACGGACGUGGAGUACCUGGAGAUCGCCAGCAAGCCCCACCUCAUCCUCUCCAGCAGCUCCCAGAGGCCGGUCAUCUACCAGUGGAGCAAGAGCCAGAAGCUGUUCGAGCGCCGCACAGACAUCCCGGACAUGGAGGACGUGUACGCCGUCAAGCACUUCAAAGCCAAGGCCGAGCUCUACAUCUGCAUGACGCGCUUUAUCGGCGACUCCAAGGUGAUGAGGUGGGACGGCUCCAUGUUCACCGAGAUGCAGACCGUCCCCUCCAGGGGCUCCAUGGUGUUCCAGCCUUUCUCCGUCGACAGCUGGCAGUACGCCAUCCUGGGAAGUGACUACUCCCUCACGCAAGUCUAUCGCUGGGAUGCAAAGAAAAACCAGUUUGUCCACUUCCAAGAACUUAACAUUCAAGCACCAAGGGCAUUCUCCCUGGUCUCCAUUGACAACCGUGAGUUCUUGCUUGCUUCCAGCUUUAAAGGGAAAACUCAGAUUUACGAACACCUUAUGAUUGACUUGAGCAAUUGAUAGAUUGUGGAGGCAUGUGUUGGAAAACUGCCCUGGAUGGAGUUGGACUUGUUAAGACUUAUGCAUGAUAAAGCCCAUUAAUAAUACUUCCAGAUGAAUGCCUUGCUAGAGAAAUCCAUCUUUUUCUUUUUUGUCAUCAAUUAUUCCAGCGCUUUUGAAAUAUUCUUUUUUUUAAAAGCCAUUGUUAAUGUAUUCUCUGCAACUACAAGCAGUACACACAUGUACAAUCACAUCUGUUAUUGACAAGGGGGGAAAAUAAAAUGUACUUUUUAACCUAUUUAUUAACCUGUUUGGAAGCAGAAAACCGCCAAAUAAAAUGUUUACAUUUUUCUGUCUUUACAGUUGUGAGAAAAAUAUUUAUAAAUGAUGCUUUUGUAAAUAAAAGAGGGACCAUGACAGAGAGAAAACUUUCAUAUGGAGAUUAAUUCAAUUUUAAAUCACCAUAAUAUUUGUAAUUUAAUAAUUUAACAUGUUGCAGUGCAGAAUUAGAUGUUGUUUGUGCGU